GACGAAAUGAGCUUGCCGCCCCUAGCAACGUGGUGCGUUUAUUUACAUCAUGGCCGACCGGCUAACGCAGCUUCAAGACGCCGUGAAUGCGCAAGCAGACAACUUCUGCAACAGCAUCGGCAUCCUGCAACAGUAUGCGCCGCCCAGCAACUUCCCGGAGUUCGAGAAAUCCGUCUCCAAGCCCGGUCAGCAAACGCAAGAAGACUACCCACAGUUGUUUGCGACCCUGAUAGCGAGGACUGCAAAGGAUAUCGAUGUCCUGAUCGACUCCCUGCCAAGUGAAGAAGCUUCUCCUGAGCUGCAGGCGGCCAACCUUCGGCGGCUGGAAGUGGAGAACCAGGAGGCAGCCCGACGCCUGGAGGAAGUGGUCCAGCAGGGGGAGGUGCUCCUGGAGCAGAUCCAGAAAGCGCUGCACGACAUUGCCGAGUCACAGCUGAGCAUGCAGCACCUGGACGAAGCGCCGCCCAACUGACAGCGUAUCGCCUUUUGG